CCAGUCCCUAGUUCGGUGCCUAUAAGUAUAACCAGCAACAGACAUCACCGACUCUCUACUCUGGCCAAACAUGUCGAUGCUACAAACGAGUCUUAAAGCAGCCAUGAACGCAAGAGUAAUUGGGUCGGGGAGUGAGACCAUGAUUCUUGCACAUGGGUUCGGAGGAGACCAAUCUCUCUGGGACAAAAUCCUUCCUUACUUGACAAAACAUUACCAUGUUCUCCUUUUUGACUGGCUUUGUUCUGGAACUGUCAAAGAUCCCAACCUCUAUGAUCCUUUGAAAUACGCCUCCUUUGAUGCCUUUGCUGAUGACUUAAUAGCCCUUAUGGAUGAACUCCACUUGACUUCCUCAGUCUUUGUUGGCCAUUCUAUGUCUGGUAUGAUCGGAUGUAUUGCUUCCAUUAAAAGACCUCAACUUUUUAGCAGACUCAUAUUUGUCGGGUCUUCUCCUAGGUACAUCACUACAGAUGAUUACGAAGGAGGAUUUGAUGGUGCAGCAAUUGACAACAUGAUGUCAAGCAUAGAAUCAGAUUACGGGAAUUGGACAUCAAAUUUUGCUAAGCUUCUUGUGGACAAUAAUGAUCCCCUCUCCAUCGAACACUACUUUAAAUGCCUGAAGAGUAUGAACCCAGAAUUUGUGCUCCCAUUAGCCAAAGCAAUAUUUCGCAGCGAUGAAAGGGAAACUCUGGAGAAGGUUACCACUCCAUGCACCAUUGUUCAGGUAAAAAAUGACCUUGUGGUGCCAAAUUCUGUUGCAUACUACAUGCAGAAGAAGAUCAAAGGGGAAACAACUGUGGAAUUUGUCAAUGCUGAUAGGCAUUAUCCUCAGUUGACUGCACCUCUUGAGUUGAUUCAUGUGCUGAGUCGAGUUUUAGGCUUUGAGAUUUGAAAACACAUACCUUAUUUUUAAGUUUUAUAUAGUUAAAAAAUAAAACAAAUUGAUGCAUUUAGUAACGUUAUCAUGCAUCAGUUGGGUAGAGUUUUAGAUAAUCAUCUGAUCUUUUAUGAUAAGUAACGUUGUAAUGUUUCUUCGAGUUGCUGUUAUUAUAUAUUCUUACUAUUAUUAUUUA